AUGGCUGAAGAAUCUCUUCCCCCGAACUCGUACGGGACAGUCCUCGUCGUGGGUGGCUGUGGCUUUCUGGGCUCGAGGCUGGUCGACCAACUUCUCAACUUCCCCUCCGAGGACGAGGAUAUACCCACAGCAAACGGUCACAGUAGUGGACAUGCUCUAGGCCGCCAACAGCUCCUCCCCGAGUCCUUCCCGAGCCUGCGAUCUCGCUACCCUUCCACGAUCGACACCGAAGUCCAUGCCCUCGACCUGCGGUGUACUCGCAACAUAUUCUCCAAUUGUACCUACCAUGAUGCAGACAUCACCUCUGCAGAUUCGUUACUUGAAGUGUUCAAGAAGGUGAAGCCCGACGUUGUGAUCAAUACUGCAUCUCCCUCCUGGGAAGCAGCGCCGGAACUCCUCAACAAGGUCAACAUCGAGGGCACCAAAACAUUGUUGGAAGUCGCGGGCGGAAAACAUGGAAACUGGGGCGGACCGUGCAAAGUCUUCACACACACCAGCAGUGCUAGCGUGGUUCACGACGGGCAGGCUAACUUGAUCAAUGCGGACGAGAAUUACCCUUACGUCUGUCCCAACCCGAGGGAAUAUUAUUCGGAAACAAAGGUGCACGCAGAGAAGCUGGUCCUGGCGGCCAACAACAAGCCCGAGUUCGGAAACCUGUUGACCUGCGCCGUCAGACCGGCGGGGAUUGUGGGCGAAGGUGACCUGGGGGGCUUCAGCGGAGGGAUCCUCAAGACCGCCGCCGUGGCUCCAGCAUGGCAACUCCAUAUUCAGCUGGGCUCCAACGACAACUUGUUCGACAACACGUAUGUUCACAACGUGGUAUAUGGUCUCCUGUGUGCGACGCAAGCAUUGCUCACGACGAGACAGCGACAACUUGAUGGCAAGGCACCCAUCUUGGAUUUCGAAAAGGUCGACGGCGAGGCCUUCAACGUCACGAACAACAGCCCUGCCUAUUUCUGGGACUCAAGCAGAUAUCUAUACAGCCGCUAUGGCAGGGACAUCCAACUCGAAAAGCUCUGGAUCCUGCCGGCGGGGAUGGCCGAGUUCGUCGGGGGCGCAGCCGAGACAUUCAAUUGGCUGACUGGGAGGAAGGGCAAGCUCAACCGACAGACGGUUAAAUAUACCUGCAUCCAUCGGUACUAUUCUUGCGAGAAGCUCAAGAGGCGGACGGGGUACAGGCCGAUCGUCGGCGUGGAUGAAGGGUUCGCUAGGUCGGUCAAGUGGUUCAAAGCCAACGAGGCGGAAGAAAAGCGAAAGGCUUCAAUGGAGAAGAAGGCACAGUAG